AUGUUCGUUAGAUUCACAGCUGCGCCGGCCUGCCCGUGCUGCAGCGUGCACUGCAUCUUCUCGUCGUCCUUGUACUCCAGUGCCUCCGCACGACGGCCGCGAUUUUAUUUGGCUCCCCGGCCGCAGCGACAGCCUUUUGCAACAGCUGUUCGAGACGACGGCGUUGGCCAUAACCAGCAGAGCAGCAGAAGCGCCCAAAGCAGACACAAGCACGGUCAAAGAGGCGGAAACGCUCUUUUCUGGCCAACAUCAACGAAUCCAACGCCGUACGAGAUCUUCAAUCAGGCCCGCGAAGCACCCUACCAGAAGGCACAGUUCUAUCAGCUCGUGAAGCUCUACCAUCCCGACCGACACCGCCACGUUGCUGGGCCCGGCUAUAAGCAUGGUCAUGGUCAAGACCAUGGCCACGGUUACGGUCUCUCGGCCUCAACAAUGUUGGAACGUUAUCGUCUCAUCGUGGCCGCGAAUGAAAUACUGAGCAAUCCGGCCAAAAGGCGAGCGUACGACCUCUACGGUGUCGGUUGGGCCGGCCACACAGCCGCACACACGUCCUAUCGCAGCGCAGACCAGUCGUGGCGGAGCCGGCCGGGCAGUGCAGCCAAUAAUGCCACGUGGGAGGACUGGGAGCAAUGGCAUAAUGAACGGAGUGGCAACAGUCGCGGCGAGAAGCAGGUGACUCAGUUCAUGUCGAACGGAGGAUUUGCCGUAAUCGUCAUAUUUUUCAUUGUGCUAGGAGGCAUUGCACAGGUCACUCGGGCAGGUUCCACGUCUCUGACAAUGCUGGAGAUGCAGGACCAGCAACACGAGAAGAUCAGCCGCAAGCUCUUGGACCAGGAGACAGGACAUGCGCCACUUAGCCGAGAGGACAGAGUUUGGACCUUCUUGGAACGGCGGGAGGGUUGGUAUAACUUGUCAUCAUCACCAUCGUUGCCUCCCACAAGGCAGCCCGACGAUAGCCGGAGUGGGAAAUAA